ACACUUCUCAUUCCUAUCUACAGUACAAUGUUACUUCUAGCUUUUACACUGUGUCUUACGACAGUUACUGCUGCCCCGAGUCAGGUCUGCAAAGAGGCCUUCCAUAACGCGGGGAUCUCAGCCAGAUACAAUGAGACAAUAGCCCACGCUAUUCACUCUAUGACGGUGGAGGGCCUGCGGAUGUUUAACCCGAUGGCGACAGAACAGAACAAAGUUCCUACAGUGAACCAAGACUUAUCACAAGAUCAGAAUGUCCUAUCCUACGCUCCACAUUUCCACAUCUCCACAGACUUCGCCACGUCGACGAUGAACAUGGUGGACAAAAUACUGUCCACUGUGGGGAACUCAAAAGACGGACUGGGACCACACUGGUCUUCUGUUGAGAGAAUUGCACACGUUUUCCACAUGUGGGAUCUAUGGCAAAAGAUUUACGAGACAUCAUGGCAAGAUGUUCUGGCCAACCCACCUGAGCCAACCACAUGUAUUUGUCUGAAGGACACCCGAGCUAACGGCAUCAAGGCGGCCGUGGAGUGGGUGGCCAAACACUACGAGACGGGAACCCCCAUUACUCUUCUGAAUCGUCCGAUCCCUAAAUUGACAGACGCCCAGGCCUGGUCAGUGUGGAAAGAACGUCUGCUGCACUACUACACACCGACGGCUCUCCACGACGCCGCUGUCUACCUGUACUGUGUUACACACAACGACUUCCACGUGCUGGACGACUUGUGGAUUACCCACACGGUCCAGACUGUCAGAGUCGAACCAAUACACAACAGGGUACCCAAUGAGGAGACCGAACACAGUGGAAAGAUUCACAUCCUUAAUUUCUGUGAACACGGCCAUUGUUCCAGAAUGAGUGUUAAUCGCCUGUCGGAAUUCUACGACAAGAUCAAGAACGACCUGGAUAGAACCGUCCAGUUCUGGAGACAGCAUUCAAAGGACGAGGAAUAUGGGGGAUUUUUCAAUUGUCUAAGUAAAGAUGGGAAGGUGUAUGAUGAUACGAAACAUGUCUGGCUACAGGCGAGACAGGUUUGGAUGUAUGCUCGAUUGUACAAUGAGGUAGAAAGGUUCAAAGACGAUGAUCUACUACUACAGGCCGUGAAAGGUGCUGACUUUCUCAUGAAAAAUGUGCGAGACCCCAACACAUACAAAUGCCCCUUAAUUAUUACCAGAGAUGGGAAACCAAUCAAGAUCCAGAGAACCCUCUUCUCCGAGUGCUUCUACCUGAUGGCUGUGUCCGAGGUCGCCAGAGCAACAGGAGUAGGAAAAUACAAGAAAGAAGCAAUCACAAUGAUGGAUAAGAUAACAGGCUGGAUACGGAGUCAUGGGGAGGGUUUGGGGUCUCCCAACUUAUCUGGUGUAAGGCCCAAGAGUAUGCUAGCUAUUGCAAUGAUGACACUUUGUAUCAUAGAUCAGCUCAGAACAAUGGACCCAAGCCUUAACUAUGACGAUCUGAAGAAAUGGGCACUAAGUGAUGCACUGAAGCAUGUUCAGAGGAAUGGGACCGUCAUACUAGAGACCACGACCAAUGAUGGGAAGGAGAUGAGUGGAAGUGCAGGCCGGCUGAUGAUACCAGGUCAUUCCAUUGAAGCUGGAUGGUUCCUUCUAACUGAAGCCACUCAUUCUGACAAUAAGGAUCUGAAGAAGGUGGCGAUAGACAGCUUUAUUGUGCGGCCUUUUGAGUAUGGCUGGGACCGGGAGAAUGGUGGUCUGUUUUACUUCCUGGACGUGGAUGGGUGGUGCCCGGUGCAGUUGGAGUGGGACAUGAAGCUUUGGUGGGCCCACAAUGAGGCACUCAUUGCCUUCCUGAUGGCCUACAAGGAGACUAAGGACCCAACUCAUCUGGACAAAUUCGCUCAGAUAUUUGACUACUGCUAUUCACAUUUUGUUGACAAGGAAAAUGGGGAAUGGUUUGGCUACUUGAGAAAAGAUGGUUCUGUUAGUUUGGAUUUCAAAGGUGGACCAUGGAAAGGUACAUAAAUUAGCUACUAUGAAAUCACAAAUUUUCGUGG